AUGCAAGUCAGCGCGUCUCACCCCGCGGCCGAGGGCGUACAGAAGCGGAACCGGCAAACCCUCUCCUGUAUCGCGUGCCGUCGUCGCAAGACAAAAUGCGACCGGCGGCUUCCGUGCGGCGCAUGCGAGCGACGAGGCGUGGCCGUCGAGUGUCGGUUUAGCGGCGCGCCCGGCCUCGAGCACCGGCUGAAGGCACUGGAAGAUAUGGUGCGCAGUCUGGCAGAAGAAGACCGACCUACGCGCCUCGCCCCAGUCGGCGAGCCGGCGUCGAGCAACGGGCCGCGGCCGGGGAACCGUCUGCAAUAUCAGGGCGCGACGUCCUGGGCGGCCGUAGUGGAAAGCAUCCGCGACAUCCGAGACGUCGUCCGCGGCGGUGACGACGACGGAGGGUUGUCGGUGGAGGCCCAGGGCUUAUCGCCGGAGAUUGACCCCGCGCUCGGCGUCGUGGCUCCCGUAACGAUGCGAGACGUCACCGACAGCCUGCCGAGCAGAGAGGACUCCGACAGGCUCGUCUCGGCAUACUUCAACGCCAAGUUCCUCGCCGUUCCGUUCAUCCACACGCACCAGUUCCGGCGCGAGUAUGAGGCCUUUUGGCGGGUCCCGGCGUCGGCCAGCCUGCUCUGGACCAGCAUCCUCUUCGCCGUACUCAGCGCGGGCGCCACGGUCUUAGGGUUCGCGGCCGGAAACGACGUGAGCAAUCGGCACGGACCGAAAGAGCUCCUGGCCACGUCGGCUCGGUGCCUCGUCGCGGGCCGGUACCUCGAUGCGAAGCCGCUGUCGGUCGAGGCUGUCUUGACAUACGCCCACUGCCGCGACGUGCAGACACGCGACGCCGACUCGACGCUCUGGGCUCUGUACGGACUGGCCGCCCGUCUCGCCCAGAAGAUGGGCUACCACCGCGACCCGGCCAAGGUGUUCCCCGACAUGUCCCCCUUCGCGGCGGAGAUGAGGCGCCGCGUCUGGUUCGCCGUUCAGGCGCCAGACCUGCUGUUUUCCUUUCAGCACGGCAUGUCGCCCAUCGUCCACGAUGGUGAGUUCGACGUCGGCCAUCCCACUAACCUCCUCGACGACGACUUCGACCAGGACACGCCCCUGCCGCUACCGCGCCCGCCGACCGACCCCACGCCGAUACUAGCGUACAGACUCAAGUCGACCCUGUGCGAGGUGCUGCGCCGCGUCAUGCGGCACGUCAACCGCCUUGAUGCGCCAUUGCCUUCCGACACGAUGCGCCUGCACGCCGAGCUCCAGGCGUGGUGGGACUCGAUCCCGCCCUGCCUGCGAAACCGCCCCAUCCGCAGCACGGCCUUUACCGAUCCCUACUACACCAUCAUGCACCGGGUUAUGCUCGAGCUGCUCUACCUGAAGGCGCUGUGCGUCCUGCACCGUCCGUAUAUGAGCCGCGGUCACGGCGAUGAGCACGCACAGUCUCGGCGAGUGUGCCGCGAAGCCGCGCUUCGAGUGAUGGAGCUGCAUGCAGAUCUCGACCAGGAGAUGGCCUCGGGCGGGAGGAUGCACCAGGAACGGUUCAUGGUGUCGAGCUUACUGCUGCAUCACUUUCUUGUCGCCGCUAUGGUCAUCUGCCUGGACCUGAGCGAGUCGACGGACCUGAGCGCGCAUGACCGACAUCGUCGCGUUGGAGCGCUCCGCAACGCGCUGCGCAUAUGGUCGAUAAGAGACGGUGACUCGUCGGACGCUCGACACGCCUGCAAGGUGCUCUGCGCGAUCUUGAAUCGGGAAGAGGCAGGAGGCCACGCGGGGUCCAGUCUCGGGGCACAGACUCUCAACAAACCGUCAACUGGUCAAGGAGCCCUAGAUCAGGACCCGGCAGAUCUAGCAACUAACGACAUAGAUCUCGCCACCUUGGAGGUCCCAUCGUUGAACAGGUUCUUUACGCCCGUAGAAGCGUUUGACUGGCCCGCUUUUGACCAAUUCGUCUUGCUCAGGAACUCCCUGGACGAGCCCCCGGCCUGGACCCAACUAGAGUAG